UCUAAAAAAAGCCUUUGGUUUUCUUGUAGCAUCCACCGAAACAUACGAAAAAUGGCAAUUACCAAGCAGUUGAAUGCAUGACAAAGAUAGACACCGCCAUUUGCUCCACACCACACAACAUUCUCUUCUCCGGCGAACAAAACCGUUUACCGGCCGAUCCUUCCUUGCCAUUUUCCAGGAAUCGCGCAUAAGUAUAUGCAGGAAAUCAAUCCCCGGAGUCAGUAACAAGAAAUCAAGCUGAUCUAUCGAUCGAUCUGAGGAGCAGAGGAGUAAGUAAUGCAAGAAGACAGGGCGGGCACGAGCAGCAGCAUGGACUCGUCGGAGCUGAGGAAGGUGUUCCAGAUGUUCGACAAGAACGGCGACGGGCAGAUCACCAAGAAGGAGCUGGGCGAGUCGCUGAGGAACCUGGGCAUCUACAUCCCCGAGGACGAGCUGGACGGCAUCAUGGGCAAGAUCGACGCCAACGGCGACGGGUGCGUGGACGUGGAGGAGUUCGGCAUGUUGUACCGCUCCAUCGUCGGCGAGGGCCAGGGCGGCGACGGCGAGAAGCGCGACGAGGAGGAGGACAUGCGGGAGGCGUUCAACGUGUUCGACCAGAACGGCGACGGCUACAUCACCGUGGAGGAGCUGCGCUCCGUGCUGGCCAGCCUCGGCCUGAAGCAGGGCCGGACGGCCGAGGACUGCCGCAAGAUGAUCAGCAAGGUGGACGCCGACGGCGACGGCCGCGUCGACUUCACGGAGUUCAAGCAGAUGAUGCGCGGCGGAGGGUUCGCCGCGCUAGGUAGAUGAUGAUGAUGAUCGGAGGCAUGGCGAGGGGGAUGCCUUGCUUGACUCACACUCACAGCGUGUGUAGAUAUUUUUAGUUAUUCAUUCUUCCUUGGGCAUGGUAAUGUGGCAACCUGAUAUUAUUUCGCUAAUUCAUUUAUUGGUUUU